ACUGUUUCUGCUCAAAUCUAUAAGAAUCCCCAAUCGUCUCUCCAUUUUCUCUCUGACUAAGCUACACUGCUUCAUUUUCUUCUUGUGAAACAGAACGCAGAGAUCACUCCUUGGUGGAUCGGUCAUGGUGAGAGGGAAGGUGCAGUUACAACGAAUCGAAGACAAAAGCAGCCGUCAAGUGUGUUUCUCAAAGAGAAAGAGAGGUUUAUUAAAGAAAGCUAAAGAACUAUCGGUUCUCUGUGAUGUUGAGAUGGCGGUCAUCAUCUUCUCCUCCACUGGCAAGCUCUUCGAGUUUUGCAGUGGCAACAGUUUGAGAAAUAUCCUUGAGCGCUAUGACACACAUAAAACUAAAAGUCAAGAAAUAGCAAUCUGCAAGAACGUUGAUAAAACCAAGAAUCAUCACGCAGAAUACAUGGGUCCCAGCUAUAUGGAUGCUAACCCACUCCAAAUGGUCCAAAGGUACUUUGAAGGGAAGAACAUAGAACAGCUAAAUCUAACUCAACUCAUUCAGCUAGAAAGAGAACUGGACUCCACACUAGUUUACACCAGAGGAAGAAAGAAUGAAGCAAUGAUGAAGUCCGUAACAGCCCUCCAUCAGAAGGAACAAGAUCUGACAGAUGAAAAUAAUCUCAUAGAAAGAGAGAUAUCUGCAAUCAUCAACAAUGGCAACCUCGCCAGCCAGCAUGGCCGUGUUGUUGAAGAUCCGGAUUGUGUUCAUCCUUCUCCACUGGACUUGUUUCACUUUUAGCAAGAUCUCAAAAGGACAGAUGGCGUAUCCCGGAUGCUUACGUCUGGGGAAUAACAUUUAGGCAUUUAUUAUACCCACCUAGUGCCAGGUGGUGGUCAAAACUAAUUAUGAAGCAUGUAACUAGUUGCCAGUUGGAAGCACAAGCCUUUACCAAGUGGCACGUCAGCUUACCUAUAUAUAUGUCUGCUCAGGAUUGGGCCGUUAAGUUGGGUCCCUUAUAUGCAGUAAUAGUAGGAGUGCCUGUGAAUAAUUUGCAGCAUGCACGGCAUGCGUCAUGUCUACCACGCAUGUGGGUAGAUGCCGGGAUUGCGAGACCGGUCCGAUGACCCUGCUGCUAGUAGUGGCUUCAGGAUGGUUAUCAUGGUUAUCAUGACUACUGUUGUUAUUAUGAUCAUAAUAAUCGCUGUUAUUGAUGUUA